AUGCUGCAACUUGCCCAUGAAGGCCAUCCUGGUGAAACUUCAAUGACAUCACGACUUAGGGAUCGAGUCUGGUGGCCAGGCAUGGACAAGGAUACGAAGAAAGUGGUGAAGGACUGCGAGGGAUGUCGUUUGGUUGGCAAGCCAUCUCUUCCUGAGCCUAUGAGACGCCGGCGAAUGCCCAGUGAACCGUGGAUCGAUGUCGCGAUGGACUUCUUAGGACUCUUGCCUUCUGGUGACUAUCUAUUAGUUAUCGUUGACUAUUUUAGCCGGUACAAAGAAAUUUGCAUAAUGAAGAAGAUCACCUCGGAGGAAACCAUCAAGCAAACCGAACCUAUUUUUGUCCGUCAAGGCUACCCGAGAACAAUCACUCUAGACAAUGGGCGCGAGUUCAUUAGUAAGGAGUUUGAGGACUACUGUCGCAUAAAAAACAUUACACUCAACCACACAGUGCCAUACUGGCCCCAGGCCAACGGGGAAGUUGAGAGACAGAAUAGUUCGCUUCUGAAACGGCUAAAAAUCAGCCACGCAUUGCAUCGGGACUGGAAGGUGGAUCUCCUCCAAUAUUUGUUGAUGUACAAUACGACUCCUCACUCAACAACAGGUAAAACACCAACCGAGCUGCUUCGGAACAAAACGAUCCGGUCCAAAAUCCCUUCACUUAGUGACAUUGAAACCGCGCCCCCAGUCGAUUCCGAGUUUUCAGAUAGAGAUACAAUCCUUCAAUACAAAGGAAAGGUAAGGGAGGAUCUGAGGCGCCAUUCAAAGCCAUCUGAAAUCAAAGAAGGCGACACUGUCCUGAUGCAGAAUUUAUUACCAGGCGGAAAAUUGUCAACAACAUUUGGAAACACUGAAUAUACGGUCAUGGAAAAGACUGGAAAUCGUGUUAAGGUGUCAGAUCCCUUGUCGGGCAACUCCUUCCUUCGUAGUUCUGCACACUUAAAAAAGGUUACUCCCAUUGAACAAAUAACACAAGAACCUGCAGAAUACGUCUCGGAGCCAAACUCUCAAGAACUCUCCUUUCACCCGGACAGCGCGAUUUCAUCUACUCCCGGGGACUCCGCCUACGGUCAAAUUCCGGAAACGGCAGACUUUACGACGACGAACGCCGCCGAAACAGCACACACUAUCCCAGCAUCCAGACCUUUGCGGCACGCUUCUAAACCGGCGUGGCAAAAGGACUUCGUCUGUAGUUCUGAUGUUAUCUAA